AUACACACCGGAUAGAUGAGAAUUUGAGGGAAGCCAGAAUAUACACAAUAAGGUAACGGUUUGGGAGGUCGAUCUUGGCAGUGAAUUUACAUAAAAUCUGCGUGCUCCUGAAACUUAUUUCUAGCGGGCGGCAUGGAUUUUAGAUCUUCCAAAAUCCGAAGUUCGUUGACUUCCAAAGGAUGCUCCUAAAAUGUCACAUUUGUGCUCAAAAUUCCGGUUCGUCACAAAUGUCCAUCUUCCCGGUGUGAUAGAUCUUCAGGUAGCCCAGCACAUGCUAGUAGGAGCCAUGGAAAUUUAGCACAGCCACCAUAUCUUUCCUUCUUCUACCAUCAUGGGACGUCUUCGUCGUUCAAGAGUCCACAAAGCGCAAAGGGAUGUCCACAGAGCCACAAGAACUCGGGCUCGAACAAAAGAUUUGGAUAUAAUUCAAUUGAUCGACCUUGACCCCAAAAAUCGCGCAGCUCUCGAAGCGCAGCCUUUGGACUUUGAAAAGCCUGGAUUGGCGCAACACUAUUGUGUCGAAUGUGCAAAAUACUACGAGACUGACGUCGCUCUACGGUCACACUGGAGAAGCAAGGUGCACAAACGGCGAUGUAAACAACUGAAAGAGCCGGCGUAUACAAUCGAGGAGUCAGAGAGAGCAGCGGGCUUGGGUCGGGAGAAUCGAAGACCAGCGCACACAGAUAUUGAGGUUGAGGUUGCUAUGUGAUCAUCAUUUCAGGCAUGUCUUUUCUGUGCUUGUACCUCGUAUGUUCGUAUUACUCGUUGGCAGCAUACACGAUUUUUUCCCCAUAGAUUUAUCAGCCACGAUGUCAAGGAAAUUACUUUUUUUUUGCAUAGAUAUAGUUUGUUGCAACGGAAUGGAGACAUAGUGUGUUUGC